GCUGGGUGUAUAAAAGACAGACUGUCCCUCAUUCAGACACACACCUGCAGCAACCCUGUUAUUUGAAGGUUACAGGCUGUCUCUUUUUUUCUGGAAUUCUGAUUUUUUUUAUUAAUAUUUAUAAACCGCAACUGUUCUCUUAGAAGAUGCAGACAAAUUGUGCUCUACUCUGCAUCUCACUCUGUGUCUUUACUGCACAUCUCUCAAGGAUCCAUGGCAUGACCCUCAUGAAUCCAGAGAAAAAAGGCUGGACUCUACACAGUGCUGGGUACCUACUAGGACCUUAUGCUCACAGAAGUCUUAAUGUAAGACACAGAGCUACGGGCAAAAGAGACGUGUGGAAUGAGAGUUCAAGCGUACCAACAUCUUCAUACAAUGAUUCAUAUCUUCUCUCACUGCUGGGUCGUCUUGCAUAUCUGCGAUUAAAAGAAAUGGGAAUGACUGAAGAUUUUAGUGGCUCUUUAAUUAAUGGCCAUAUGAAGCAAUAACAGAUAUCUCUGUUUUCAUCCUUUGUUAUCAUUAUUUAUUACGCAUUAACAAGUAGUUAAAACUGGUAAAUUGCAUAGGAUUAAUAUCACAUGAAUCUGAUUUGGCUCAUCUCACCACUUUAUACAGAACCAUUGUUGGUGCAUAAUUACCUGCUUCAGAGUUUAAAUAAAGUACUUCAUGGCAAAUGUUUUAAAAAGCCUUUUAUAUUUAUUCUAUAUAAAAAGUAAAUUGUGGUAAUGGGUGCAGCAGUGUGGUGGUCAAUCAGAGGUGAAAACUACUAAUGAAACCUGUUGAUUUCACCAAUGCCAUUUACAAACAGACACUUUUAAACAAUUAGCAAACUAAUAGUACGUUGAUUCCAAUAAACAUUUUGUAUGACUAACACAGUGACAGAAUAAUUUCGAAAGAUUUGCCCCAAAAUGUAUCUUUUAAAGGCUAGUGGGUGUGUAUAUAUUUCUAUGAAGUGUAAUAAAGUGAA